AUGGACAUAAAGAUGAAGAGCCAUGUCAAAGAGAAACACUUUUACACACUAGGCGUACUUCACAUGGCAAGACCAUGGCAAUAUGAUAGGCGUGCUCAUCAUGAUGGAUACCUUAACACCUAUUCAUUUAUUGUUGAUGGACUUAAGAUAAAUUUGAAGCCAUUGCACCCAAGAGAGUUUAAUAAGAAGACCAAACCCAUGGGUGAUGCCCUAUUGACCAGAUCACAAGUUGUUGGCCACAUUAAUAAAGAAGAGCCAUUGUAUAUUGCAGUAGCUAUAGAAGACUCACAACAGAAGGAUAAAGAGUUAGAUGCACGAGCCAAAAAGCUACUUACUAAGUUUGAUGAUGUGAUCUCUGAGGAUGUCCCAUUAGAACUUCCACCUAUGCAUGAUAUUCAACAUCAAAUUGACCUUGUACCUGGGGAUUCUUUGCCGAACAAAGCUUCUUAUAGGAUGAAUCCUACACAACAAGCUGAACUCUAA